GCAUCACCUUACCUACUUAACUUACUCCGUGAGCGGUUGUAUCUGUUACACUCUUUUCUUGCGCGACAACAAGCGCUUUCUUUCGUUGUAAAAGUUUCCAGACUUGUUCCCUCAAGUAUGGCGAUUGUCAAAGGAGUGAAGCUGCUCGUCCUCGGGUCGCUCAUUGCGACGUCGAUCGCGAAGUCUUUAGAGCGCCGAUUCGAGAGCGGCGACGAUGACGACGAUGACACCCCGCUGCCGCUGGUCAUUUGGCAUGGCCUAGGCGACACCUACGAAUCCGAGGGGAUGCGCCGCGUCGCCGAGAUUGCCGAAGAAGUCAACCCUGGGACGCUUGUCUACCCUAUUCGAGUGGAGGAGAAUCCGUCCCGCGACAGGUAUGCCUCGUUCGUGGGCAACUUGACCGACCACGUAGCCAAAGUCUGCGCCGACAUCGCCGCCCACCCGAUCUUGUCGACUGCCCCGGCAAUCGACGCCCUCGGCUUCUCCCAGGGCGGCCAGUUCCUGCGCGCCUAUGUCGAGCGCUGCAACAAACCACCCGUCCGCAGCCUGAUCACCUUUGGCUCACAGCACAACGGCAUCACCGCUUUCCGCGACUGCAAGCCGACCGACUGGAUUUGCCGAAUCGCGAUGGCGGUUCUUAAAGGCGAUGCGUGGACCGACACGGUGCAGAACAAGCUCGUGCCGGCGCAGUACUAUCGCAAUCCCGACGAGUACGAAAAAUACCUGGAGCAUUCCAACUUCCUCGCCGACAUCAACAACGAGCGCGAGAUCAAGAAUGAAGAAUACAAGAAGAACAUCGCCAAGCUCGAGAACUUUGUCAUGUACAUGUUCGAGGAAGACACGACCGUCAUCCCCAAGGAGACGGCCUGGUUCGAGGAUGUCAACGGCACCGAGAGCACGCCGCUGCGCGCACGCCAACUGUAUACGGAGGAUUGGCUCGGCCUGCGCGCUCUCGACCGCAAGGGCGGGCUCAAAUUCCGCACGGCGCCGGGCGACCACAUGCAGCUGUCGGAGGAGCUGUUGAAGGAGGCAUUUGGCGACUUUUAUGGGCCGCUGAACCUACAUCGCGGAAGGUCGGACCCGCGGCCGGCGAACUGGCGCAGUGAUGAUCUCUGAGGUGUGCGCUGGUGUGUAAGACAGGCAUGCUUCUUUUUCUUUCCCGCCUUUUCUUUUUCCUUUUUUUCUCCUUUUUAGCAGGCGUCUUUUUAUCAUAUUGAGCUGGCGUAACUAUGG